CCUAGCCCCUUGGUAAGCUCACCUGUGUGGAAAACUCUGGUCUAUCCCUCAGGCCCUGAGGCAGCAGGGAACUUUCCGCAGAGAUGGUGACAGGCUGCUCGGAGCCCCCUGUGUCCCCCCCAUCCUCUCCUGUGCCUCCUCCUUCCAGGCACACGGCGCACCGCUUCAGCUCUGAGAUACGUGCCUGCCCCCGGGGACGUGGAGGCUCCAGCACCUCCCGCCCCCUAUAGCCCUUCCAAAAUAAGGUCUGGUGUGUGCCCUGGAGGUGUCAGUGAGUUCAGGGAGUAUCCAGGUUGCCCGAGGCCAGACAGCAGUGUUGCCCUGCACCUUCACCACUAACGCUGCUCUCACUAACCUUAAUGUCAUCUGGAUGGUCAUUCCUCUUUCCAACGCCAACCAGCCCCAACAGGUUAUUCUCUACCAAGGGGGUCAGAUCUUUGGUGGUGCACCCCAGUUCUAUGGGCGAGUGGGGUUUGCUGUGACAAUGCCAACCACCAGUGCCUCCAUCUUCAUCAACAACACUCAGCUGUCGGAUACUGGCACCUACCAGUGUUUGGUCAACAAUCUUCCCGACCGAGGCGUCAGGAAUAUUGGAGUCAUUGGACUUACUGUCUUGGUUCCUCCUUCUGCCCCGCUUUGCAGAAUCCAGGGGUCCCUGGACGUGGGCAGCGAUAUCACACUGACCUGCAGCUCAGAAGAAGGCAUCCCCCGGCCAACAUACCUCUGGGAGAAACUGGACAAUGUUCCCAAGUUGCCCCCAACUGCCACACAAGACCAAGUCCAGGGCACUGUCACUCUCCGAAAUAUCAGCACUGUGUCCUCAGGUCUUUACCAAUGUGUGGCUUCAAAUGCCAUUGGAACCAGCACUUGCCUUCUGGACCUGCAAGUCAUUGCACCUCAUCCACGGAGUAUCGGCCUGAUUGCAGGAGCGGUGGCCACAGGUGCCGUUGUGCUCGUUGUUUGCAUUGUUUUGGUGGCUGUAGCACUGUUCUACUGGAAAAAUAAACACAAAGAAGAAGAAGAGGAGGAAAUUCCCAAUGAGAUAAGAGAGGAUGAACUGCCACCCAAAUGCUCCUCUGCCACAAAGACGUUCCAUGCUGAUGCGUCCUCAUCAGAGAACGACACCCUCACCUCCUCCAACACCUACAACAGCCGCUACUGGAACGACCCUAAAGCCAACCAUGCCACAGACUCCUUCACCCGCUUCAGCAACAGCAACGAUGCUCACCAGCCCCCCUUCUCCCGCUCAGGGAGCACGAGUGCCCGCCCCGUCUAUGCCAACGGUGGCCACCCGUCCCCGGCUCCCCCUAAGACACUGGUGGUGACGGCCAGCACGGCGCCGUCGCCUCAGGAGGUGAUCCGGAGCAACGGCUCGGUGGGCAGGAAGCCACGGCUGCCGCACACCCGCUCCUAUGCAGUCAGCCAGGCCACGCUGGAGCGCAUCGGGGCUGUGCCCGUCAUGGUGCCCGCCCAGAGCCGGGCUGGCUCCCUGGUGUAGGACCGUGUGGGUGGCUGAGAGCUGAGCAAGGGGCCUCUCAUCCCCGGUGGGGCAAAGAGACCCUACUCCUUCCUGAAAGUCAGUGAGGCGGUGGGGGGGUCACACACUUCCCUCUCCACCUGCCCUCCCCUCUCGAGGCUGCUGCCAGCUGGUGGGACAGCCCUGGCCCAGCCGCUCUCCCCCCAGCUGCUGGAGCUCCUCGUGCCAAUGGACGCCACAGAUGUGCCAAGGCCAGAGGAGCAGGGAGGUCGGGAUGUGCUCCCGGGCUGCUGGGCCCCAGCCGGGACAUGCACUCGGGCCUGACCCUGGGGGGAACAUUUGCUUUUAUUUCCUGUUGGUUUUGUUGGGGACUGAUUCCAUCCAUUUGGGUCUUUCAGGGAGGUUGGGGAGAUAUAUAUAUAUAUAUUAUUUUUUUCCAUUGUUGUUGCUGUUUUGUUUCCAAGAGGAUGAUGACCUGUGUUGGGGCAGGGAAGGCUGUGCAGCCCCAACUUCCCAUGGCCCGGGCUCCACUGUUGGAUUAGGGAGUACUGUGCACUGGGGCUGGGUGUGAGGAGGCAUGGGACAGGCUGCAGGGGAGAUGAAGGCACAGCCACCAGCCCAGGCAAGGGGAUGGUUGGGUGAGGGUGUGGGCUAGGAAGCAUUUGUCUUUAUUUUUUGUGGUUCUUCCCCCCACCUCAGCACACACAGACACACACAGGCACACACACAGACACAAGCAGAUCCUCAGACUGGGUGUUUCUCCUGCACUAGGUUGGAGUGCCACCAGAGCCCUGUUUAUAGCUGUGGAGGAUGCAGCCGUCUGAGCAUCUUUCCCUGAGACACUCGGUGCAGGGCAAGGCUGCACCACUGCUGCUGCUGCUGAAGCUGCUGCUGCUGCUCUGGGGCUUGGAUCUCUUUUUUUCCUUUUUUUGGGGUGUUGCUGGGGUUAUUCAGGAGGCAGAGAGGAGCAGGGUGGUGCGAUGGAGCACCAGGCAGGUUCAGGAGGCAUCUGUUGCCCCUGGGCUGUUCUGAUUUGGGGCAAGUGACUUCAAACCCCACAACUUUGAUGUUUGCAUGGUGGAUUUUAUUCAUCAGGCUAUGCAGGGCUGGGCAGCAUGGCAGGGCUUGGAGCCUUCACAGAGAGGCAUCAGAGUUUUCAUUCCUGCUCUCCCACGUGCACAGACAUGUUAGCAGGAUUUCCUUCCUGCUCUAGAAUGCAGAGGCUUAAUGAAAGCCCACACACACUAUCUCUCUGCCUCUCCCACUUCCCUCAACGUCCUGGGACUGGGUACUGGUGGCAUCUGCCAGUGGCCCUGCCAUCUCCUUGCAGCCUGGCAGGUGGUUUUGGCUGGCACCUCUAUUUUUUCUAUUGCAACUAAAUAGCCUUAAUCAAAGCCAAGAGUUGAAACCUCUGAAGGAAUCUGAUGCCAUUUGGAGGGCUGGACUGAGGGCUGGGAUUUCCUCUCCUAGAGAGCACUGGUUCAAAGAGGCCACACCUGGAUAGGUGUUUUGGUCCUCCUGCAUAACACCAAGCCUUGCACAGGCAAAGGCAGCAAUCACCUCAAAAAGCACCAGAGCCCUCCCAGGUCUGCUCUUGGAAAAGCAAUGUGGGGAGUCACAGGUGACUUCCAUAGUUCUCACAUUGGAAAAGGGUCUGUUUAAGCCAACAGACUCUUCCUCAUCCCCACUUUCCUUGUCCCAGCACGGCUUUACUUUCCCUAGCAGUGCACAAACCUUGGGCAGGGCCUUCUACCUGAGCAGUACAAAUGCAAGCACAGACUCUGAGGAUGAGGAGGGAGAGGUGAGGGCUGGGUUCCCACGUGGACACAGUGGCUUUUUGGGAGACUGGGAGCUCCCAAGCAGCACUAGGUUUGAAGCUUGGCUGAGAUUUUGUGCCUUCUUUUCUUAAAAUAAAAAAAAAAAAAAGGAAAAAUGAAAGAAAAA